UUUUGAAGUCGUGAGCGGAAGCGGAUCAGUGUGAGCUGAGCCACAGAAGUUGCAGCCCGUCUCACCUCAGGGUGACACUCCGGUGUUGUGGGAGAACCGUCGCCACGUUUCUUCGUCAGGAGCCGGCGUGGCGAGCAGUGAGAAAGCCAAUGGCUCCGUGUCGUUUUCCCGAGCAGGAAAAGGUGAAAUAAUGUUCAGACUCCUCAGUCACCGAAGCAACAGGCUGCCGAGCUGCCUCACAGGCCAGCGGCGCUAUGAGCACCACAGGGCCGUCAUGGCCAUCCGUCGGGAGGACGUCAAUCCCUGGGAGAGGAGGGCGCCGCUCGCUCCACGCCACGUCAAGGAGCUGACCAACGCUGGCGUCAAAGUCCUAGUCCAACCAUGCAACAGCAGAGCUAUUCAUGAGAAGUACUACUCGAAGGCCGGGGCCAUCAUUCAGGAGGACAUUUCUGAGGCGUCGCUGAUAAUCGGAGUGAAGAGGCCGUCUGAGGAGGAGGUCAUUGAGAAGAAGACGUACGCCUUUUUCUCCCACACUAUUAAGGCCCAGGAGGCCAACAUGGGGCUACUGGGCGAUUUACUGAAAAAGGAGGUUCGUCUUAUUGACUACGAGAAGAUGGUCGAUGCUAACGGCUACCGGAUAGUCGCAUUUGGCCAGUGGGCUGGUGUCGCAGGAAUGAUCAACAUUUUGCACGGAUUGGGGCUGCGCUACCUGGCUCUUGGACACCACACUCCCUUUAUGCACAUUGGCAUGGCUCAUAACUACAGGAACGUCAGCCAGGCCGUCCAGGCAGUGAGGGAUUGUGGUUAUGAGAUCUCCAUGGGCCUAAUGCCCAAAUCUAUUGGUCCUGUCACAUUUUGUUUCACCGGAACCGGCAACGUCUCCAAGGGAGCCCAAGACAUCAUCAAUGAGCUUCCAGUUGAAUAUGUAGAACCUCAUGAGUUGAAGGCCGUCUCAGAGACUGGAGAUAUGUCCAGAGUUUACGCCACGGUUCUGAGCCGACACCACCACCUGAUGAGGAAGAGCGACGGCAUCUAUGACCCAUUGGAGUAUGAGUAUCACCCGGAGCUGUACACUUCACACUUCAGGACCAGCGUGGCGCCGUACACAACCUGUCUGAUCAAUGGUAUUUACUGGGACCCCCAGACCCCACGACUGCUCAGGCGCCUGGAUGCCCAGAAACUGAUGCGACCGCCCAAAACCUUGUCUGCUGCCAUCGGGGGAUCACCAGAGCUGCCACACAAGCUGCUGGCCAUCUGUGAUAUAUCAGCUGACCUGGGAGGCUCUAUAGAGUUCAUGAAUGAAUGCACCACCAUUGAUAAGCCUUUCUGUAUGUACGACGCUGACCAGCACAUAGACCACGACAGUGUGGAGGGAAACGGUAUCCUCAUGUGCUCCAUUGACAAUCUUCCUGCUCAGCUCCCCAUCGAAGCCACAGAGUACUUUGGAGACCGCCUCUUCCCUUACAUCUGGGAGAUGCUGCCGUCAGACGCCACCAGACCUUUGGAGGAAGAAGAAUUCAGCCCACAAGUCAGAGACGCUGUCAUCACCUCAAACGGAAAGCUCACCCCAAAGUUUGAAUACAUUGAAAAACUUCGAGAAAAAAGGGAGAAGGCUCAGAUCCUGAACAAGACCGGGAUGAAGCGAGUUCUGCUGUUGGGUUCAGGAUACGUCUCUGGGCCCGUUGUUGAGUAUCUAACUCGCAAUGAGAUGAUCCAGGUCACUGUGGCGUCGAUGCUGCUGAAACAGGCGGAGGAGCUGGCAGCCAAAUAUCCCAACGUCAUCCCCAUCACGCUGGAUGCCAGCAGCCAGGAAGGACACCUCGACUCUCUGGUCAAAGAUCAUGACUUGGUCAUCAGCAUGCUGCCUUUCUCCCUUCACCCGCUCAUCGCCAAACACUGCAUCAAGAGGAAGGUAAACCUGGUGACCGCCAGCUACCUGAGUCCUGCCAUGAAGGAGCUGCAGAGCAGUGCGGAGGAGGCAGGCAUCACCAUAGUGAAUGAGAUGGGACUGGACCCAGGUAUCGACCACAUGCUGGCCAUGGAGUGUAUCGACCAGGCCAAAGCCGAAGGCUGCACUGUGGAGUCCUACAGCUCGUUCUGCGGUGGUCUUCCUGCUCCGGAAUAUUCAGACAAUCCUCUCCGCUACAAGUUCAGCUGGAGUCCGUACGGCGUCCUCCUCAACACCAUCAGUCCUGCCGUCUUCCUCAGAGACAACCAGGUGGUGAGCAUCCCGGCCGGCGGCGCUCUGAUGGAGACCUCCAUGCCACUGGAUAGCUUUCCUGGUUUUAACCUGGAGGGACUGCCCAAUCGUGACAGCACCAAAUACUCAGAGCCGUACGGCAUUCAGUCCGCACACACACUGAUCCGAGGAACACUGCGCUUCAAGGGCUUCACCAAGGCUAUGAGUGGUUUUGUCAAACUGGGUCUGAUUAACAGCGAGCCCUGUCCCAUGCUGCAGCCCACUUCAUCUCCUGUUUCCUGGAAAGAGCUGCUCUGUAAGCAGAUUGGAUUGUCCUCUUCUGUGACCCAGGCGGCAUUUGAGGACGCUGUAUACGAACACAUUGAAAAGGAUGAUUUCAGGAUGGACAGCCUGAGAUGGUUUGGGAUGCUGAGCAACGACUUGGUGCCUCAGGCCGACAGCAUUCUGGCUUCUCUGACAAAACAUCUGGAGGUCAAGCUCUCAUUCAAUAAGGGGGAGCGAGACAUGAUCAUCUUGAGGAACGACGUGGGGGUUCGCCACCCGACGGGCGAGCUGGAGACCAAACACACCAGUCUGGUGGUGUAUGGUGACCCCAGUGGUUUCUCUGCCAUGGCUAAGACUGUAGGAUACCCAACAGCCAUUGCUGCUCGCAUGGUCCUCGAAGGCGAAAUCAGCACGAAGGGUCUGGUGGCUCCAAUGACAAAGGACAUCUAUGGGCCGAUAUUGGCCCGACUGAAGGAGGAAGGACUGCGCUUCAUGUCCAAAAGCACCCUGGAGGAGUAGAAGUGAAAUGAAGAGAACCAACAACUCCCUGUAAAUCCUGUCUAGCACAAAUACUGUAUAUUGCCUUUACACCAACUUUAUCCAAACAUGAUGUUCAGACACAGUCAAACUCACCUGUCUGCUGUGGCAUCUGAUAAGACAUAUAGUCAUUUU